UCACAGCAGAUUGGGCGGAAGUUGCGCGGCCAGCAGGCAGCUGUCAUCGUAGCCGAUAGCCGCCUGCUGCUGCAGAAAAACAAGUCUAACAUCUGUGGCCCUAAGCGUCUCCAGCCGGAGGUGAGGUUAGCCACCGGGGGAACAUGGACGAGGAUGUGCUGACCACCCUGAAGCUGCUCAUUAUCGGAGAAAGCGGAGUGGGCAAGUCCAGCCUCCUCCUGAGGUUCACAGACGACACUUUUGACCCAGACCAGUCAGCCACCAUAGGUGUGGACUUCAAAGUAAAGACCCUGGCAAUUGAAGGAAACAAAGCAAAACUGGCCAUUUGGGACACGGCUGGACAGGAAAGGUUUCGCACACUGACACCCAGCUACUACCGCGGCGCACAGGGAGUCAUUCUUGUGUACGAUGUCACGAGGCGCGACUCUUUUACAAAGCUUGAAAACUGGCUGAACGAACUGGAAACCUACACGACGCGCAACGACAUUAUCAAAAUGCUGGUUGGCAACAAAAUCGAUAAGGAUGACCGUGAAGUGGACAGAAACGAAGGACUGAAGUUUGCCAGGAAACACUCUAUGCUUUUUAUUGAGGCCAGCGCGAAGACCAAAGACGGCGUCCAGUGUGCCUUCGAGGAGCUAGUGGAGAAGAUCCUCCAGACUCCAGGGCUCUGGGAGAGCGACAGCCAGGGUCAGAAGGUCCAGCUGGGGCACCCGGAGCAGGGCAGGGGAAGGGCGUGCGGGGGGUACUGCUCCAUACCCUGAAACUAGAAGAGAUGACGGAAGCGGCGACCGGACAGGCGUUACUACGGACCAGAGAUACGGAGCUAAGGAGGGGCGGAAGAGAAAAAAAAAAAAAGGAAGCUAAUUGUCGGAGUUCUGUCAUCUGAACGAACACUGCAGUUUUGCACAAUUACUGUUCAACCAUCAUCACUUAUUUGACUUUAUCACGUUUUGGUUAGCGAGUGGAAAUUUCUGCAGUAAUCCAUCUUUUCUGGUCAUUGUUGCUAUAGUGUUUUAAAAUAACUAAAAAUGAAAGGAUGUCAGAGCAGUACGCAUCAGGGGUGAGUUUAGAUGAUGAGCAGCAGUCAGUCGGUCGGACAGUACGGCAUUACAUUACCAGCAUUGUGCCUGUAACAUAUAAUCAGAUUAGGCUGGGGUAGGUGGCCUUUCAGGGUUUAUGCUAAAUGCUAAGGCUUAAGCAGUUUUCAAAUACACGCACUCAUUUAUACUGCUUUGGCUCCAAAUUUCCCAACUUUCAAACAGCUUAAAACGAGGAUGCAAAAGUAGGAGAAGCUCAUAUGCUGAGUGAGAGCUUAUGUUUUCUUUUUUUAUUACACAACACUGAAUGCUCUCAAAUAAAACAUUAAACAAUAGAGCCCCGUUACUGACAGAUUUAGUUUGCCCCUCCCCAUCUUCACACUCCCACCUCUAGGAGGUUACUUCUAGCCACAAAGGAUGCCCCCCCCCCCCCCCUCAUUGUUUUUAUUCUACUUUCUCAAGCUUCAUACCUUUAUUAUCUAUUAGCCUGUUGUCCAGUUUGAUUCCCACGGUGUUGCUUUGAAGUUUUGCCGCCGCUGCCUUUGCAAUGAUCAUUUGUCACCCACAGAGUGAGAACAUUCCUGAGCACUUUUCCCCCCCUUAGUAUCUUCAUCAUGUAUCGGAAUUCCAGCUUUAAUUUGAACGCAGUUACUUUAUUAUUCCCAGUUGCUGUUAUCUAAAAAAAAAGAAAAAAAGAAAAUCACUUUGGUCUCCUUUUUUUCUACUGCUGCUUUGUUGUGCUUUUCUGUCUUGAGCUGUUACAUGUCAGCCUGAAACCUGCCUUAACACUAAGAGAGUUGCAGUCAAGUAGCAUUUGAUUUGUUUUGAAUCGAAAUAAAUGGAAACCUGAAGAUGGGAAAGCUCAGCUCCAAUAAGU